GAGCCAAUCCACUCCCCGAUACAGCUCCCCCCAUCCAAAACCCACCGAAGUAAAACCGACGAGACAAGGACCAAACACCAAAAUGCUCUCAUCCACCGCUCUCCGGCCGCUGUCGCCGGCGACGGCAACGACGCCCGCGUACCCAGCCACCGCUACUGCUACUGCUACCGCCACCGUCACCUCGGCCACGCCCGGGCGACGCUCGGUUGCGGUGCGCGUGCUGCGGGACUACGGCUCGAUCCCGAAGCGGGAGCCCUUCAGCUCCAGCCGCAGCAUCCUCGACGAGUUCUUCAAGCAGGAGAAGCCUCUCGUCCAGCGCACCAAGGACCACAUCACAGAUUAUUGCACGACCCUUGAGGGUGAUGAUUGCUGCAGCUGCUGGGAUGCCUAUUUUGAACUCAACAAACUCGAGCAAGAGCUACCGCAAGAAGAAAUUUCAAGGAUGGUGAAGGACUCGCGGUCAGACCCGAGGUACCUUAUAAGCAGCAUCCACCACCGGUCAGACCUACGGAAGAAGAUGGCCGAGAAAGCUCACAAUUCGGCGCCAUCAAACUCCCCGGGGCAAACAGCGAAGCCGAGGCCUUUCCCCGUCCCCGACGGGCUGCCGAAAACGCAGGAAGAGAUCGACGAGGAUGAGGAGGCCCUCAUGCCGGAGUCUCCUUACACGAGGCUGCUCAGAAGGAUGGGGAGGUUUCCCGACUGGUAUACCCCUCGCCCAGACCAUGAGACCGACUGAAUCACGCCAUGAACCAGCCUUGCCUUCCAGAUGUACAGCCUGAAGCUCUGUUCUCCUGGCAUCGAGCAUGGAACCUUGGAUUGCCUGUUGCCUGCUUAGUUGGUUUUUGCUGACUGGAUAAAUGGAACUAUGUAAUGGUGCGUAUGUUUUUGUGGUGUUUAGUUCUUCGCUUUAGAUUCAGAUAACACCCUUUUUGCCGUUUUCGUAUGAUAUCUGCUAUGUAUAUCUGUAUAUAUAUGUUUGGGAAUAGAGUUCUUGACUGCUA